UAGAGGAAGAGUAGGAGGUGAAGGGUUGAAUAAGUGAGCAACUUCUUGCGCUCAGUCGCGAGCUGCCUGCAGAGCGGACAGGACCGGAACCUCACGCGCCACAGGAAUACCCACCAAAAACCGACAACCCCGCAGAAACAAACAAACAAACAAACAAACAAACAAACUCAACAAGUUGGAUUUAAACUUUGCUCACGCAGCUGCUGCCCGGACGCCGCCCGCUGCGCCCCUCCGGACCGGACCGACAUGUUCUCCCCGCUCCUGCCCGUUGCCCUGCUGGCCGCCGCCUGCGCGCUGUGUCCGGAGCCGGUCCGGGCGGCCUCGUGCGAGCCGGUCCGGAUCCCGCUGUGCCGGUCCAUGCCCUGGAACAUGACCAAGAUGCCGAACCACCUCCAUCACAGCACGCAGGACAACGCCGUGCUGGCCAUAGAGCAGUUCGAGGGGUUGCUGGGUACUGGCUGCAGUCCGGACUUGCUGUUCUUCCUAUGUGCAAUGUACGCUCCUAUCUGCACUAUCGACUUCCAGCAUGAACCCAUUAAACCCUGCAAGGCGGUGUGUGAACGGGCAAAGUGUGGCUGUGAACCAGUGAUGAAGCGUUACAACCACAGCUGGCCAGACAGCCUAUCCUGCAACGACUUGCCGCUGUAUGACCGCGGAGUCUGCAUCUCCCCCGAGGCCAUCGUCAAGGCAGAGGGACCAGACCCGUACUACCAGGAUCCAUCCAGAUGUAACCCAGAAUCCAGUCCAGAUUUUCCCAUGGACUCCAACAACCUCCACUGUAAAGGAGCCAAUACAGAUCGGUGUAGAUGUAAGACAGUCAAAUUGGGUAUGAAGACAUACCUGAAGAACAACUACAACUAUGUGAUCAGGGCAAGGGUCCGGGAGGUGAGGAGUCGUGGUCCGGAGCUGACCGCAGUGGUGGAUGUGAAGGAGGUGCUGAAGUCGUCGCUGGUCAACAUCCCGAAGGAGACACAGACGCUGUACUACUCGUCCUCCUGCCUGUGUCCUCCUCUGUCCGCUGGGGACGAGUAUCUCAUUAUGGGAUACGAGAACGAAGAGAGAUCCAGAUUGCUUCUGAUUGAAGGUUCUAUUGCCCAGAGGUGGAAGGACAAAAUGGGAAGGAAGGUCAAGAGAUGGGAUCAGGUUCCCCAGGGGAAAGGCAGAGGAACCCAGCGCCGGAGUCGCCACUGAGACCCGACUGAGUGUGUGUGUGUGUGUGUGUGUGUGUGUGUGUGUGUGUGUGUGUGCGUGUGUGUGCGUGCGUGUGUGUGCCUGUACAUUAAGGUUGUUAGUAUACCAUAGCUUUAUCAUAACAUAGUAGACAAUUAUCACCACAGCACAUUACUAGGCUACAAUCAGCCUAGUGUUACCAUAGCAACAUUAUUAGGCUACAGUAGGUAUCACCUAUCACAGCUAUCAGUGUGCUGUGAUCUGAGUGUGAGUGUAUGUGUGUGUGUGUGUGUGUGUGUGUGUGUGUAGAUAUUGCACUAUUGCAGGCUGUCCAGCAUGUCGUAGCUGAAUGUAGUUCAUCUCUUCAUUCUAUCAGAACGUUUAGAAGUCUGGGUUUGCCCUUUACUAUCUUUGCACAAUGUUCUUUCACUAGUGGGGUGUGUGUGUGUAUGUGUGUGUGUGUGUGUGUGUGUGUGUGUGUGUGUGUGUGCAUGCCUGAGGCACUCAAAAAAACAGACAUGAAAGCGGGUGGACCUUCAGAGUGUUGGACUAAGCCCUCACAGAGCCAUGUUUAGACACUGGUUAACAUCAGUGGCGGCCAUGUUGGCUCCACUGUCCCUCUCCAUGGUCUCUGCUACAGAAACUGAUGAUCUUUACAAAUACAUCCAUGUUACCAUGCCGAUGUCAAACUGUUGUCAUCUGAUCUGUACGUCCUGCCUGAUCCAUACUGAAGCGAGAUGUCUCUCUUGAUACUUUCAUCAUCAGCUCUGUAAUAAACUGUCUUGCAUUAAAUUUUGUUUGUAAACAUUUUUAAAAGCUUCUGGGCGCAGUCUGAUGAAGUGCUGCAGUUCCAGUCAAGCUAACGCUAGCUACUCAUCGGCUUCUGUGGGCAUAAUUCUAUUUCUAAACUCAGCAACAGGCAGUGUUAUAAAAUACCUACAUGCAUUGUUAACAAGGAAAGCAAAUACCAAAAGUUUGACGAUUGAAUGCAGCAACAAUCUUGGUUCAUGCCCAUUUCAUACACAGACAUAGAAAACUGUUUCAUGCUAAAACUGUCAGUAGUGAGGCUAUAGUCUGAAUUUCUUUGGCUUUUAAACACCAAGCCUCAUCCGAUUGCUCCCAGAAGAUUUUAAAAACUUUUCAAAAAAGAUUAAACGGAUGACUUUCAGAGUUGAACACGUUUUUGUUUUCAGAGCUGAUGAUGAAGCUAGCUAACCAGUGAGACAUCUUGCUUCCUUCCCAUCUCUGUUGACAGCUGCACAUGCUCAGUACCGUUCAGGCAGGAUGUACAGAUCAGGGAUCAACAGAGACGUCUGGACUUAAGAACCUGCUGGAACCGUAGCAAUGGCUAGAACUUCACCAAACUAUGCAGAAAUAAGAAUAGAGAACAUUUGUGCUAUGUUCAGAUAGGCAGUGCAAAUCUGAUUGUUGCAGAUCUGACACAAGUCAGGUAAUAUUCUGACCUGCCAGGGAGCGACGACCAAUACGACUGUGUUGGUAUUUCAAAACCUAUUCAGUGGAUCCACAUGAAAUUCUGUGACAUUUGUGUUGGCUGGAGGAUGAAAUCUAUAAAUCAUGAUGACCCUGUGAUCUGACCUGUAGCACCACCAGCAGGCAAAAAUAUCAGUAUUGCAGUGGAAUAUCUCAAACUCUGUCGCGUAUCGCCAUGACAUUUAGUGACAACAUUUCUGUUGCCUAGAGGAUGAAACCUGGCAAUUUUGGUGACCCCAUGACCUUCCAUGUAGCCCAGUGGGGCAUGUGCAUUCAGAAUAACACUUUGUGAAGUUUGAACGUUGUUUUCAGGUCAGAUUUAAAGCACCUUACCAGGUGGUUUGAAAUGUGAUUCAAAUUAGUACAUGUUGAAAGAAGAAAAGGAGAAGACAGCAAACAUGGAGGAGAGGCUGCCGAAGUGAACAGAAAGUGCUGUCAUAAAAUCAGGAAGAAUAAAUAGUGACCAAACUUUCGUGUCACUAAAUGGCUGCUGGCCUCUGAAGUUGUUGGACAGUACAUGUGUGCACGUCUGCCAACAAAUCAGGACUAAAACACACAAACCUUACUCCGGUCUCUCAGUUCCAACAUGGACAGUUAGCUUUAGCGGCGUGUUCAGACCAAACGCAAAGUGAAUUUUUACAUCACAGAGUUGCACGAAUACGGUCACAAAUUUUACGCUUGAAUUGAAAAAUUUCAACUCAUGCAAAGGCACAAAUGACAACAUUUGCAAUGUCUGGCGCAAAUUCAACUCGAUUGGCAUCUCUGCAUCGUCUUUGUAUGUAAUCGCACGGCCUGAAAAAGUCGCUUUGCAUUUGGUCUUAACACAUAGUGACGAUCACUUUGGACAAAGAGCCAGGAUCUCCCUGCCGUCUGAAAAUAGCCUUCGAUAAGGAGGAUAAGUUAGUUAAGUAAUUUAGCAUUAGCAUACCAGUACUCUGCUGAUUAUAACGUGCUAACACUGUUCAUAGUACUCUGUUCAUUACAACAUACUCACACAUUGCUCUGUAGAACACACUAACACAGUUCAUUAGAACAUACUAACACCACGUUCAUUAAAACAUACUAGUACUGUACUCAGUAAAGCACAGUAAUGCCUAAAGUACAUUUGCAUAUCCAAUCUCGUUAGCUGCUACAUCACUUCAUUCUUCUGCUGCAGUUUGCUGGUUUUACUCCGCUGGUCUGCUUUUUUCAAUUAUCUAGUUUAUGUAUGCUCUAUUUUGUUCACUGACAUGGUGAUAAACGACUAUAGCAAAUUUGUAUACAUUUGUUUGGAUCAAACAGGCGUCGGACGCUGCAGAGAGCGACAAAAACAGAAGCCGUUUGUGUCCUAAAAGCUCCGUCAGCCCACUCAUCUGACCAAACCCUUCUGAUGCAAAUCAACACAAACCGGCUGCACCUUGUUCACCUGAGGCUGAGUCGCAGCUGAGGACUUUACCAUCCUGCCUGGACUCCUCAAGGUCAAACAGAAGGAGAAACAUGUUUUGAACCGUCCAAACAUGAGGUUAGACAGCUCGAUCCAAGCAACAGCCUGAGAGUGUCUGAUGGGCUCACAGCUCGUUGUCAUCGCGGUUAAAUUAUGGUUCCUGCGGUGUGUGUGUCUUUAGAAGUGCGGAAACUGCCCAGGUGUCAAAUAAAUUCAAAGUGGUUAAAAUAAUAACUUAUACAUAUUUUUAGGUUUUAGUGAUGUCUAGCGAGUGAAUUCUUUGAAAACUGAUUUCUUUCAAAAACACCAGAGAAAAGGGUGAUUAGCAAAUUAGUAAAACACUACUGGGGAAAUUAGUCAAAAAAUUUGCCAAAAGAAAAAUUAUUUUAAUGACAACAUAUUUAUAAAUAUUAAAGUCAUUUAUUUCAGAGCAGUGAUGCUGGAUCAGAUUUCUUGUGUGUAAAUGCUUGUAAAAGGUGUCCAAGGAACCCCUGUAACACCCAAAAGGAGCCCUGGGGGACGCCACUUUGAAAACCAGCGGGUAAAUGGUUGCAUAAAUGGGAAGGAGGACGGCUCAGCUGACAGGUAGACAGGAAAAUAACAAAAUGUUUCACUGUCAGAACAAAAUACACACAUCUCUACAGCUCCGCAUGACAGACUAUAAAGACAUGCAUGUGUCUGUUAAUGGGGAGAGAGACUAGCCAAUAAUUACAGAAUUAAUAUUUACAAAGAGUUGGGAUGAAAUAAAGGAAACAUUAGCGGAGACACAGACAUGGUUGUCAUAGCAGCAGAAGAAACGGUAUUUUCUGCUCCCACCGCAUUUACCAUUAAUGCCACACACACCACUGAAACCAUAACCAUUGGAAUAUUCCAAUGUUUUGGGCGAAAUCCCUGUUUCCCGACUUCGCCAGACUGAGACCAGAUGUUGGACGUUAUUUCCACCUCUGGACGUCCAGUGGUUCAGUUCCUAUGGGUAGCAUUUCCUGUUAGGUUAGCAUAAAGACUUGAAGUCUAUGGGAGACGUUAGCCUGGGUAAAAAUCAACCUCACUGCAGCUCUGAAGCUGUCUGACUUACAGUGGAUCAUGUGGAUUUGAAACACACGUCUUGAUGUUUGUUUUAAAUGAAAGUCAUUCUAAGAGGUUAAUU